AUGAGGAGGAAAGAAGAAGAAGAAGAAGAAGAAGACGAAGUGCACAACAUGUUCAUGUGCGCGCCUACUGCUGCUGCUGCGACUUUUGCUUCUUUUGAUGAUGAAUACAUAAGCAACAGCGUUAUUAAAGACUCGGAAACGACCGUCUUGCAAACCGAAUUGGAAGAAACUGUUCGGGAGAUGUAUUUGAAAAAUGAUGAAGAAGAAGACGUCUGCGGGGCUCGUCGAACCUCCCCUACGACCUCCUCUUCAAGAACGAAACGCACAUUCAACUUGGAGCGAACGAAGCACGUGGAGUAUUGCUUGCGAAACGUGCGCGAAUUACACCCCACGUACGUCUCUUUGAACAGUUCUCGAACGUGGAUUGUGUAUUGGUUGGUGCACUCGUUAGGUGUUCUCGGCGAGCUCGAUUUGGAGGAAGAUUUACGAGCAGACGUCGUGGAGUUUUUAGCAUCGUGCCAGCACGAGUCCGGUGGGUUUGGAGGUGGACCAGGACAGUUAGCGCAUUUAGCGCCGACGUACGCGGCGAUGAGCGCGUUGGUGACGAUCGGAACGAAAGAGGCGAUGGCGGUCGUGGACGUAGGGAAACUGCGAGCGUGGUUGAUGCGGUUGAAGACGGUGACGACGACGACGCGAAAAGAAGAUGGGGAAGAUGUUGUGGUGGGAAGCUUUGCGAUGCACGUGGAUGGGGAGAGCGACGUGCGAGGCUCGUAUUGUGCGCUUGCGGUGGCGCAUUUGUGUAAAGUGUUGGAUGAAGAGUUGACGAGAGGGGUGGCGAAUUACGUGGCCGAGUGUCAGACGCACGAGGGUGGGUUUGCCGGUGAACCUGGAGCGGAAGCGCACGGUGGGUACGCGUAUUGUGGGAUUGCGACCUUGGUAUUGUGUGAUAUGGUGGUUGAGAAAAAGAAGAAUGAAACGACGGCGAAGAAUAAUAAGAAGAAGAUAAAGCAGAGUGAGUAUAAGAUUGGCGUGGAUUUGGACGCAUUCGAGGAGUGGUUGGUACAUCGACAGUGCGGCGUGGAAGGUGGCUUUAACGGAAGGACGAAUAAAUUGUGCGACGGGUGUUAUUCGUUUUGGAUAGGUGCAAGUUUCCCUCUCUUAGAGAUGGUUCGAGGUGGAAAGGAGUCCAAGCAGUUGUUGUUCGAAGAGAGAACGAUGGAAGAUUUGACGAGUGUUCCACCCAUCGCGAGUAAUCGGGACGAAGAUGGGAUGGACGCUGCUGGUGAUGCGAUUGGUACUUCCACGCGUGAUGAUGAUGAAUGUCUGUUUCUUGGAACAUUGCGCGAUACCGCGGCAGAGAUGUGUAACUUGAAAGAAGAAAACAGUUUGACGAUCGAGGUAAACAACGACGACGAUGCAAAGAUUCAAAAGAAACCACUCGCUCGCACCCGUUUAUCGUUCAACGCCAGAGCGUUGCAAGGAUGGAUUUUGGGAUGUUGUCAAAGCGAAAAAGGCGGUUUGAGGGAUAAACCUGGUAAAUCGGCUGAUUUUUAUCACACGUGUUACUGUCUCUCCGGUCUCUCCGUCGCGCAAUGGUACGGCGAAUUACCCGUAUUAGCCGGUGGUAACGCCACCGCGAAGGAGCGCAAAGCGAACGUGGUGGAGAAGACCAAUGUGCUCUUGAACGUCGUCGAGUCCAAGUAUACGAAUUGGAUGGAUAACUUUGGAGGAGAUAUCGAUAUGGAGUGA